AUGGUACUCCAAACUCUGCUGAAUUACCUUUCCGUUGGCCUUCCACCAAUUCCCGUAGGUGGUACUGCACCAUCUCGCAAUACGACAAAUCCUCGCUAUGGUGCAGCGGAUAUCACCCAGGUGGUUUCUUGGCCUGAAUUCAACUACUCCGCAAUCAUCCAGCAAUAUGGUGUUCCGUUGCGAUCGAAACAGAUUCAGCCCGAUCCCAUCGCAUCCCCACCUGCGGCAAUAAGAGACGAGUCUCAGUUUCAGCUACGCUUUGCUGAACUUAUUUUACCUCGUAUAAGGCGGUCACUUCGGGCUGCUUUCGAGCAACUUGCAUCCGAACUUACGACGCGACGACUCUCGCCAGUCACGUUCGAUGGAGGAAGUGCGGCGUAUAUAAUUGAUUUGUUUCGACCCGAUACUGCUUUCAUAGCAGUCGGCGCUACUUCGAGUUCCAACCGAGCUCCAGGGGACUUGAAGGUAUCCUGGAAAUGGCAGUCUUCAUGGCGGUAUUCCCAGACUUUUGCAGAACAGCGUGAAUACAAGCAAGUCUUGGCUCAGGUUAAUUUCUACAUGCGCCAGCAUAAUGCCCGGUACGGCUAUAUUCUGACGAAUACAGAGCUUGUUGCUGUCAAGCGUUUAGAGGGAGGUGGUCGCCUGGCGGUCUCCACCCCUGUGCCCUGGAGAGGUGGAGGUGUAGGAGAAUUAUCGGUACUCCUAGCUUUAUGGUACCUCGGAAUGCUUGCUGCAGAAGAUGCGACUUGGUUUCUAAAUGCAUAG